AUGUCGAGCGCAAAGAUCAUCGAAAAUCCAGAAAUACCGGGUUUGGAAUGCUUUUUGCCGCCACCCCCGCCCCCGCCGCCGGUCCCGCUAGUCGCAUUGCCAAAAUGCAACAGCCUGGUGGCAUCGACGGAACAACAACAACAGCAACAACCGGUAACUGCAGAAGAGACAACGACCGGUUUAUCGAGCGGUGAAACCGCGAUCAAUCUGACGAGCCUGGAAACUACGUCGUUUGCAAAUCUACCUGUGCCAACACCGUACAUCAUGCACCCGACGACGAUGCAACCGCAAACUCCUGGACAACCGGCUGCACCCUGGUGGGUACCUACCGAGGCGGACACGUCCGACCUUUACGGACGAUGGUACGACACCACCUACAAAGCGGCAGCUGCAACGAUCGCGUCCCCGACGAUUCAAGUGACCGGCAAAGCAAAGAACAAAUAUUACAAACGCAAGAACGAGUUCAUAGAUCCGGCCCAGGAUGCAGAGAAAGUUGCGAGCGCCCAGAGGGAACUGUCGGCACUAAUGAAACCGCUGAAAUGCGAUCUAUGCAACGCAGUCAUGAACUCGACGUUGCAAGCAAAGUUGCAUUACGACGGGAAGCCGCAUCAGAAGAAGGUGUCGAUGUUUCUGAAUCAGAGCGUGAAGAAACAGAAGACCGAGGAUGGACAAAUCACUAGCACUACCAACGACUGGCAAAAUUAUUGCGAUAUUUGUAAAACGUGGUUCACGUCGCAAACGGACGCGACGCAACAUUACGCCGGUAAAAAGCAUAUCAGAGCGGCGAACGGUGGACGACGAUCGAGGCCGUCGAAGAAGUCGCAAAAUCAAAAUCAGUACAGUCAAAUAGAUCCUACCAACCGAUUCGGGAUAGGAAUGGCUUUUCAGACGGAAGCGACUCCAGCAGCUGUCCAACCGGUGGUACCAGAUGCUGGUGUAACGCAAACGAUACCACCGACCACCCCGGCGCCAGGAGCGAUAGCAGCAACCGGAACAGGAACAGCACCGGGAACGACACCAACGGCUACAACAGCCCCGACGACCGUUUAUACACCACCGACCUAUCCGACACCGUUGCGUUGCGAUUUGUGCGGAGUUUCCGCGAAUCGGCAGGAUCAAUUGGAAACGCACAAACGUGGCGCCAGGCACCUGAGAAUGCUCAGAUUGAACGGGUUACCAGUUCCCGACCCUGGCGUCGAGAACGAGACAACCCCCGCCACUCCUGGACCUAUAGAUUAUUCGAUUUAUAGGACACCCUCGGGCCAGUAUUAUUGCGCGCCGUGCAAUCUAUCGUUAAAUUCCGAGAGCACGUUCGCUCAACACGUGGAGAGUAAGAAACACAAGAAUCAAUCGAACCCAAAGUCCCCGUCAAAUUCAACGAUGGCGUCGAAGAAGGCUAGAUUCAAGAAGAAAUAAAAUCAUCGGUCCAUCGUACGGAACGUACGACCGUCGAACUAUGUAAAUGAUAAUUCUUCGUCUGUCCAUUCUUUUCACCGAAACUUUUCUCUCGUUUUCCGUUAUCGUCGCAGAUGUAUUGUCGUUGUAUCCAGGCGAUGCACGCUGAUUCGUGCAAUAAGAAAUAAAACUCUUGUUCGAUACGGAAGCGUAAAAACGUAAAAACGACACCGUUUCACGAGCAAAAUAUCGUCGUA